CACUAGAAAUGAUUGAAGUUCUUUGGUUUCUGUUACAGAGGAGAUCAGACUGUUGUUGUAGUGGUCUGUCUUGAUAAUAAAUAAAAAAAGAGCCCAUGACAGCCAUUGAGUCUGGGUGUUUGUGAUUCUGUACAGGAACAAACUGAGAUCCCAUAACUGGUAGAUUUAAAACUGGCAACAAUUUUCAUAAAGGGGAAUUUUAUAAUUUCCAGAUUAUAAAGACGCAUUCUGCAGAGGUGGACGCCCUGCUGGUUCUACAACUGUGAUGAAUUAGCAAGCUGAGAAAAGAAUUAACCCAUCAAUAAAAUGACAAACUUGCUACAUUUCAAAGCAUCUGCAAGGGAGGGGACUGCAGUGCUGGACCGUCUUCCUGUAAAAACAGCAAAAACAGGAGCGGUGGGUGGACGGAGCACGGAAGUGUCAUGUGCGAAGAAUGUGUGGAAUGAGGGGAUGGCUGAAGAGCUGCUGUCAGGACAGCGUAUGAUCCCUGGCACCCUGGGGGAGGAGAGCUGCAUGGAAGGCUAUGAAGCCAUGUGCCUCUUGAGAUCUGCCAGAUGGAGCUGCUGAAGGUGUUGCCAUGGCGCCGUGCUUUCCUGGCAGUCAUCCUGAACCUGCUGGCUCUCAGCCUCUCCACCACCGCCUUGCUCGGCAGCUACUGGUGCACUGGGACCCAGAAAGUGCCCAAGCCUUUGUGUGGGAAGAGUAAAGCCACCAAGUGCAUUGGUGUCCCCAUGCCACCCGAUGCAGGUGCUAGCAAUGCUUCAUCCCAGGAUGUGGUGCACUACAGCUGGGAGACUGGGGAUGACCGCUUUGCCUUCAGAUACUUCCACACGGGGAUGUGGCUUUCCUGUGAAGAGAGCAUGGAAGGGCCAGAGGAGAAAUGCCGUAGCUUUAUUGAGCUUUCCCCACCAGCAGAGAGAGGAAUCCUGUGGCUGUCACUGGGGUCAGAGAUGCUGUACAUCAGCCUGCUGCUCAUCAGCUUCAUCCUCCUGAUGGUGGAAAUGCUGCAUACCGGCAAUCCUGUCUGUGGACUGAAGCUCAAUGCCUUUGCUGCUGUCUCCUCAGUGCUGUCAGGUCUCCUUGGGAUGGUGGCACACAUGAUGUACACUCAAGUCUUCCAAGCCACGGUUAAUCUGGGACCAGAAGACUGGAGACCACACUCAUGGGACUACGGCUGGGCUUUCUACAUGGCCUGGGCCUCCUUUACCUGCUGCAUGGCCUCUGCUGUCACCACUCUCAACACCUACACCAAGACAGUGCUGGAGUUCAAACGGAACCACACCAAGGGCUACGAAGCAAGCUUCAAGGAUCAGCCUCAGCACCAGCAGUACUUCAUACAACAGCAAAUAAGCAGCUACUACGAGCCCCGAGACAAGCCCCUCCAUUCGGUGUCUGAGGGAGUUGACUUCUACUCUGAGCUGCAGCAGAAAGUGCUACAGCGAGAACCAGAGCUGGAGCUGGAUGAGGUCUUGGGGCAGACGAUCGGGGAAGAUCGCUGUUAAGGAUCAGUGCACUGGGGCAGAGCAGUGGGGCUUGGGAGGCAAAGAGCUCUGAACCAAACACUAACAACACUGUUAGCAAGUUCUUGGGGAGCUCUUCCUUCCUCUAAUGUUCAGGGAGCGAGAAGCCAAGGUGGGCACUGGGACAGGGCAACAGCAGUGCCAACAGGAGCAGCGUGGGUCCUCUCUGACCACAACUUGAAGGGUGUCCUAAGCUGGGAAGGAUGAAAAUGGGGGUACAUGUUGUCUGUGCCAGCUGUACCCAAGCAUUGUCCGACAGAAUUGAGGCAGGUGUCCUAAUCCCGACAGUACUGCACUACAGAAUAGAUACAUUCAGUGCAAUCCAGCUGGCAAAUUGUAGUGGUGGGCCUCUUUGGGUGGUGUCGCAUUGCCAUUCCAGCAACCCCCCUUGGUUCAGUGCUGAGGAGUUGGGCAUGGGUGCCCAUACUGAUUUGCUGCAGUCCUCUCUGAACACUCUAUUCUUCAUUUCCAGGCCCAGUCACCUCUCCCCAUCCCCAGGUUACAAGUGCUGCUGAAGAAUGGGGGGUUGCUUUCAAAUACCUCUCUCUUUCUCUUUCCUAUCUGUAACGACUCCCAUAUACUCCCCCUCCUUGUUUUGCCCCCUCCAGCUCCCAUUCUGAGAUACUUUCCUGUCUGUCUCUUUCUAUUGUGCUUCCCCACAACCUUUAAGACUCUUGUCUGGACUUUUUCCUUUUUUGCUUGUUUCUUUACACCAGGCCCCUUUUCCCCUACUGUAAAAAUAAUACCAACAGGCUCCAUAUCAAGCAAACACGUAAUCCCUCAAAAGUGAAAUGGUGGUUCACAUGACACACUGAUGCUGUACACAGUAUUUAUUUGCUCCACUGCAGUUCACAGUUCAAAUACAUUUUCCCAACAA